GAUCUUUGUACUUGAGUAGUGGUUGGCGGCCGAUAUGUGUAAGCGAUUUGGGUAGUAGUGAUGUUUGUAGUGGUUACCAUCUGAUGUUGUGUGUAAGGGAGAGCAAUGACAGGAAAGAGCAGAAACUGGGUUCGAAUCGAAGCAGAUAUUGUGAAAGGAAGAGAAGAAGGAAACUGGAAGAAGCUUAUAGAACUUGCCGAACAUUUAAAAUCUAGGUCACCUAGCUCAGAAUGCCUGGCUCACUUCCUCAUCGGUGAAGGAAAAUUGGAGUCCUACCUCGAAGCAUUUCCUCCUGUUGAACAAAACAACAAUAAGGCACGAUCAGGAUUGUCUGAAGCAAAACGGUAUUUGUUGAGUACAGUAGGCGAGCAAGGGAAACAGGCUGGUUUCCUACUUCUUGAUGUCUUUUUACUACUUGGAAAAACACACUAUGCAAUGGGUCAUUAUGAAGAGGCACUAGAUUAUUACAAUCAAGCAGAAUUGCAGUCGUUAACAGAAAAGCAUUUACCUAGUCGGAGUCUAAGAAUUGUCGCCGAAUCAUAUGCUAUUAAAGGGAUGUGCUUGGAAAAAGUUCCACCUCUUUCGUCAUCCAAGUACAAACAGGCUGAAUGGGAUGAGCAGCGAAUACAGUGUUUUGAACUAGCUGGAGAUUUAACACUAAGAUACCUACAGGAGCAAGACAAACAGCAGCAGCAUUCAUCUACCCCAGGUUCAUAUUCACCUCAACCACCGAAUCCAGCAAAACAUAUUGGCCCUAUAUUGGAAACAGCGCUACAGAGAGCACCUAUUCUUUACAUGCAGACUGGAAAGCUUCAGUCAGCUGUUUCACGUUACAGGGUUAUGUUAAGUGCCAUAGAGACAGCCGCAACUCAGAGUCUGCGACUCACACUGACAAGACGACUAGCAGAGGUACUACUUCGUGGUGUUACUGGGAAAGUUUAUGUUAACCCAGAAAGAGACAGCAACAUUUUUCCAAAGAAGAAUAAGGGAGUUGCAGAAAGUCCAUGGAAACCUCGAAGGUACAUAGGUCAGCAUCUGUUUGUUCCCCGUACUGAAAAUGAGGAAAUAAUAUUGUUGUUAUUGAUCAGUGAGGCCAUGGCUGUCCGUGAUGCCGUUUUAAGCCAGUCGCCAGAAUUCAGGGAUGCAAGGAUACAUGCGUACAAAAAUGCUACAGCGGUGUACGAUCUUUUAACAAUAACUCUGGUACGGUGGGGCUAUAUUGACUUAGUUUAUGAGUCAUUUGAACGAGCAAUGAAGUUCUCAUUUGAAGAACCUCAUGUGUGGAUGCAGAAAGCUCUCUGUUUAAUGUCAAUGGGUCAAUACCCUCGAGCUUUAAAAGUUUUGAAGGAAGUGAUACGCCUUUUACCUACGAAGGUCCUUCCAUGUCUGUUAGCAGCUCGUAUUUGCUUUGAACACACAAACCAGUUUGCUGAAGGCCUGCAGUGGAGCUGCCAAGCCCUGUCCAGAGAGACGUCAUCACCACAAAAUCUGGCAUCCCGGUGUCAUCUCUACAUAGGCAUUGGUUACAGUCUGCAGGCAGCAAACACCACAUUAAAGCAUGAGAAACAGCAACUUAUUCAGAGUGCACUUGACUCUUUUCACAGGGACUAGUUUAUCAUUAUUUGGGAAAUCAGAGAUUAGCAGAGAAAACACUGAGAGAUGCUGCCAGAAUUGAUCCAUCAUCGUACCAGACAUGGUACAAUUUGGGCUGUGUUCUGGAAUCAAUGAAUGAGUUUGAUUCAGCAAGUGAUUCCAUGGCUACUGCCUUAGAAGUGGAAACAACUAAUCCAAUUUUACCAUAUUCUUCAAUACCAUUGACUUUUGAAUGACAAUUAUGAACAACAUAGAAUAUGUGAAAGCAAUAACGUGUUAUUUUGCUGAAACGUAUAUUACAUAAAGCUUUCCCUGACUAUUAUAUAUAAAACGGUGAUGGCAUGACAAUGCUGUUGGGGAUUUUGAUAAAUGGUUUCAGCUGGUGUCAAUGUAUUUGUUUGUGAUAUAGUACAUGUAAAUCCAUUGUAAGAUGAUUAUUUUAAACAGAAUAUCCGUGACAGCUGAUGUGCUAGUGCAACACUUUGACUCCUAUCAGUCAAGGUUCAAAGCUUGCAAAACAAGUCAUAACUAUGUAGUGAAAGUACUGCAAGAAUGAUGACAGAAUUUACAAUACUGAAGUUCAUUAUGUGCUACAUUAUAGCUGAUACAAAGGUGAAAAAUUUUACUAGUUCCUUCAACUGCAUGCCAUGAAUGUCUGACUAUACCACCACUAGUAUCUCCUUCCUAGUUGUCUUAUGGGUAUUUGAAAAUAUUGUGGUGACUUCCUGAUAAAUGGAAAAGAAAGUUGUUGUGUUAAUUCAAUAUGAGAGAACUUGUUAAAUUCUCUUAAACAUAUUUUGUGUCAAAUUUCUGCAAUGUACAAUAUGCAAUAUUCAAUUUCCUGUCAUGUACAUGUGUACAUAGUCCUACCCGUUUUUGCAUGGGUUAUUCAGCAAGUUAUACUGUUUAUAAUACUCUGUUGAUUGUAUGUACAGUUAUUUAUUCCUGUAAAUUAUAUGUAAAAUAAUCUGCUGUUUUGUUUACAACUUGUUUGUAAAAGUAUAAAAAUUGUUGUUAACCAGAUCAUCUGUUUUGUAAAAUAUGUAAAUAAAAGAUGAACUGUUAAGUUUCUAUUUAAA